AUGGCCGACGCUCGCGAUGGCCCGUCCGUUGCGGCCAGGCUCAAACUGUGCGCGCAAGCCACAGGAGAGGCGGUGGCGCCGCAAGACGAGGCGAUGAUUCGCAUCCUCUCGCGGCUCGCCGUGGAGAACAACUGGUGGAGCUUCAGCGUCAACCCGACGCCCACGGGCAAGCAGUUCAUUUUCCAGCCCCAGUCCCAGUGGGAGAGGGACAGGGAGCGGCAGCAGGCCAAGGAGGGCAGUGCCCCACCGCAGCCUGCACACCCGCAGCACCAACAGGUGCAGCAACCCCAGCCCAACGAGUCGCCCGAGGGGUGGACCAGGGUUGGGAAGGGCGGCAUGCCGGACAGGAUGGGACGCUACACCCUUCUCCUCCUCCUGGCCGGUUGCCAGCCAAUCGCGUCGUCGACGGUGCUGCAGACAGACUCGAUUCGUUUUGGCACGGGAAGCGAAGACUCGAUACAGGUCGGCGUAGAGAACAUCCAGCAGCCGUUUGCCUUCGUCGGCGGAGCGUUCACGAAACUCACCUACAGCGCAUACCCGAUGGACUUCGAGCUGCAGGCGGGCGGAUCUACCGCGACGGCUUGCCUCGGCUUCGACUUUACGGACGAGUCCGGAUUCAUCGGAACGUCGUCGGACGGCACGAACAACUUCGGGUUCGGAUCGAUCUCGGCGACGAAGACUUGCUCGAUCGGGGGCGCGACCUUGUCCAUCGACUGGACGUUCACGCUCUCCGCGUCCAACUCCAAGGCGCUCUCCCUGGCCAUCACCGUCUCGUCAUCAGGUGCCGCCGCCUCAGACGUCCAGGUCUGGUGGGGCACCCGCGACGAUUGGGUCGGGACGACGGACGGUCCCGCAAAGACGAUUGGGUCCAUCACCUCGGUCUCGAGCGGAUUCACGUCCGCCGCCGGCACCACCGGCAAUGCUGAGCACGUGCGACGACAGUGA